AUGGAGGCUCCCAACAAUAUUGCAAAUAACCCCGACGACACGCAGAUCGCCCCCGCGGUCACCCACCUUCCCGCGACGUCGGGUACAACGCUGCUCCCGCGGCCAGUCGCGUCCUUGGUAUCACUGCUGACCCAGUCGACCUCGCUCUCGCUGCGCGUGGGGACCUUCUUCGGCGGCGUGGCUCUCGAUGGCGCGCGAGCAACCACCCUCACCAGCCUCGAACUAGGCCGCGCCUUGAUCGAAGGUAUCCUAACGCGCGCCGGGCGAGAUGUGGCCAUUCGUAGCGGGGACGAACACGGGAGGAUGGAGGCCGAGUCGUUGCUGGAACGAAGUUUAGCUACCCUGCAUACAACUGUAACCUCGGCAUCUUUCUUCGCCGCGGCGACAUUCCAUUUUUCCUCCACGACGCUAGCGUCCGUGGCCAACUUCUCCCAGGCACUUCUGUCGACUCUAGAUGCGAUCCUAGGCUCGACCGAGUCGUCCCGAGCCAUUGCAGCUAUCAUCACGCUCAUCCGGCGUGAGUUCCGGUCUGUAGAUUCCAAUGCCGAUGCCGAGAAUAUUGGCGUGGGAGAUUUACUCAUUGGAUCUGUUGGCUUUGCUCUGUUACAGCGAUGGGGCAAAAAGAAAACUGAACGAACGCUGCGUGAAAAGGGCGGGGAUGAGAUCGUCUGGGAUACGGUCAUUCUGGACAACGGUGCCAGGGCCGACGUGGUCGGGGCGCAUCAGCUGCAAUUUUCGAAUGGAGAGCGCGAGGAACUUCCCGCCGAACCGGAAAGUGCUUCUUUCGUGAUGCCUGGCAAUGGUGAUGAGUCUUUUGAUGCGGUUCAUCGACGAUCCAGCAUUGAUCCCCUUGCCGGAUCUCGACUCUCGAUUACUUUAGAUGGUCAACAACAAGUGUCCGAUGAAGACCUUCAGGCUUAUAUCAUGAGUCAACUACCUCAAGGCUGUCACGCCUCGAUCAAAUCUGAAGUUUUGACUGCUCGGACAAUUACGGUCGACAUCUUCAAUGACGAUAUGGCCGAGAUUGCUGCUCCGCCUGGCACUACGAUGAUUGAGGAACGGUUCCAUCAUGACCACGACUAUGAUAAUUCCAAUGUCCCGGAAUACCAGCGACUUCCCAGGCAUACAGUCGUUUUCCGGACCGCGUUCAACAAGUCCCAGAGUACUCAGCUUCGGCCCCACGACCUUCCCAAUGAUGCGAGCUCAUCUGAUUCUGACCAAACUCACUGCCCUCUGCCAAUGCCAACCCAUACACUACCAUCAACACAUCUGGGGCCUCGCUCGCAGCAAACACAGUCUCACUCAGACUCCAGCAACUCCACCCUCAAGCGACAUGUAUCCAGCCCCGAACCGCCCAACGGCCAAACCCAAAAACCGCCAUUCGGACGGAACUCACUCUCGAAGUUCGCACAGCGAGUCAAGACAAAUGGUUCAGAGAAGUCAGAAACACUGAAAAGACCUGCGCCCAAGAAGCCGGCCUCAAAACUACCAGGUCCGACUCCAUCUGGAAUCCCUACCAUUCGUCCUCCUCUGAAGCCUGCUAAAGGAACAGCUUCAGUCGAGGACGCAACAGCAAGAGAGGUUGCCAAUCGCGCAGAGCAGAGGAAACGUACCAGCGAAAUACCAGAUCGACCAAGUACUCCAGCCCCGAACCGAGGACUACGACGAUCCCCCUACCCAGGCUCACCCCAAUCUCCUCGAACACCAGCCAGGCCCAUCCCAUCUCGGGAUCCUCACGGCCGCACAAACUCCCGCGCAGGCCACUUCGCUGUCCGUGAAAAGAGCCAGGAAUGUCUUCUAACUCAGACGGAUGCAUUUUCGCGUCGUCGGGCGGGCGAACUACGACCUGGAUCCCCGGCUACAACGCGCCAUGUCCGCAGCAGCAGUUCCAUGUCUCUGACAAGAUCCGAAACGGAUGGCACGGUCUCGGUCAAUGACCAUCGACCCGGCUCUUCGGUGCUGCAUAGACGGUCUCAAUCGUAUACACCAAGCAUGUACUCCGUCGCCACGGCUGGCUCAGAAACAUCGCUGCUUCUCGCCCAUCGUCCACGCAAAAGCGCCUACGAAGACACAGAUACCAUCCAGGCUCUAAAUCGCGACGGCCUUGUUCCGGGUAUUUUCCCAGUGAGACACUUUGUCCAGAACAUCCGGCGUUUCUGCCGCUUCUCCUCUGCUUCCUACGGCGCCAGUGCACUGAAAGUCAUGGGCGUGCCGAAGGGUUCAAACUUGAAGACUCUCCCACAGAUCACAUCCGACAGCCACGAGCACAGCGCCUUCUCCGACCACACGGGCCUUCCAUCGUCGACGAUCCUGCUCUCCUCCUUUGUCGAUCCAGCCGGCGGCUCCAACGCAGCCGGCGAGACGGAAAGCGGCUUCCCACUCGUCCACUAUCUCUCGGCCGACCAUGAUUCCAAAGCCAUCGUCCUGACUCUGCGUGGAACGUGGGGUUUCGAGGAUAUUCUCACUGACAUGACAUGCGACUACGACGACCUGGAAUGGCAAGGCAAGAACUGGAAGGUGCACAAGGGGAUGCACGCAUCCGCCAAGCGACUCCUCGAAGGUGGCGGUGGAAGGGUAAUGAUUACCCUCCGCGCAGCAUUAGAAGAGUUUGCCGACUACGGCGUCGUGUUAUGCGGACACUCCCUUGGGGGCGGUGUCGCUGCCCUCCUUGCAACGAUGAUCUCCGAGCCAAACCCCAAUGCCACAGGGACGUCCUUCGUGACAGCCUCGUAUCAACCAGCUCCGUGUCCGCGCCUCCUAGCUGUCGACAGCGAGACAAGUCUACACGCCUCAAGCCCAGAGCCAAAGACCUACAACCUUCCCACUGGCCGCCCAAUCCACGUCUACGCCUACGGUCCUCCAGCCGUGAUGUCGCCAUUCCUCCGCCUCGCAACAAGGGGGCUGAUAACAACCAUCGUGAACGGAGGCGACGUGGUCCCGAGUCUAUCACUCGGCAUCCUGCACGAUAUGCACACAGCCUCCUCAGCCUUCAAAACAGAUGUCGGCGGCGCAAAAUCGCACAUCCGGAACCGUCUCCACGAGUCCCUGCGUCAGAGCAUCAUCCACAAGUUCUACGUCAACCAGCCGCCGCUGGUCAUCAAUGCCGGCGACGGGGUCGGCGAGGACGCCUGGGCGUGGAAAACGCUCAACCUCCUCCGGGAUGAGAUGCGGGCGCCGAAACUCAUGCCGCCCGGUGAAGUGUUUGUUGUUGAGACUAUGCGCGUGCUGCAGCGGGAGGCGUUUACGCCGGCGCCGGACUUUAGUGCGGCGGAUUCGUAUCCGAGGCUUGGGCGGCCGGCGACGAGGGUGCAGAUGCGCUUUGUCAGGGAUGUGGAUGCUUUCUUUGGCGAGUUGAGGUUUGCGGGUGGUAUGUUGAGUGAUCAUAAUCCGGCACGGUAUGAGACGAGUCUUGCGGCGUUGGCAAGGGGAGUUCUUGAUGAGUGA